AUGCAUCCCCACAUCCACACCUUCCUCCCAUCGUCGUCACCAGACAUUUCCCUUGAAUGCCGGAUCUACCUCCCCUCCGCAGUCACGUCCACCUCCCUCGGCCCGUCCCUGUCAAUGGAGGCGGACUCUGAGCCCAUCCCGUUGGAGAGGAUAGACAAGGCGGCACUGCGCGACUGGGGCAUCAAUCGGCUGAUCACGGCAGCACAUCCUUGGGCGCGGCUGGGAGGGAACAUGCUCUUUCCUGUAAUCGCUCACCAUCUCCCUCGCGCAGUAUACGAUGCCAACUGCCCUGCCGCCAUCGCCACCUUCAACGUCCGCGGCGUCGGUCUCUCCGAAGGAUCCCAACCAUGGCCUGGAUGGGGCAUCGGUAGCGACGGGGAGGACUUUGGCGCCGUCGAGCGUGCAGUGCUUGGUCUGCUUGGCGACGUGGCGGUGUACCGGCUUGGAUACUCGUACGGAACUAACCUCGUGCUCAGCGCACCGCCACCAAAUCUGCGCCGCACGAUGCUCGUUUCACCAGCCCCGACGCUCUUCAAAGCGAUGACCGUCAUGUGCGGCCCCACUUUCCAACAAAGUUUGGAUGCCGCGCUCAACGCCGCACCAGACGGGGAGACGAUUUGGGCCGUGUAUGGCACGUCGGACGAGUUUACGGGCGUCUCGACGCUCCGUGCGCUGGGAGGGAGAAGGGCCGAUCUGAUCCACAAGGUGGAGAUUGAGGGGUGUGGGCACUUCUACGCGCGAGGUGAGGACGGACGGUCCCUGCGUUCAGCUAUCGAGGAGUGGAUCGCAUAG